CACUGCUGUCGCUUGUGGUUCUGGCCCCCAGUUCAAAGGGUUUAAAAGAAAUUACUGAGGGGGGUGAAAAGGAGCAAGUUGCAUAAAAAGAGAAACUAAACAGAGCCGCACUCCUGGUUCGGAGAAAGCGAGGACUGGUGAGGAGCGGCUGAUAGAGGCACAGGAAAAUCAUGAGUGUUAUUGAGGAAGGGAAUAGGGGAUAUUGAUUCGUUGUUUGCCAAAAUACAUAAAGUGCUGCUAUCUCCCGAAAUGAUGAGGCAGUGAGAUUUCAGCAACGCAAGCAGAGUUCUCCUUCAGCAGGGCAAAGCUGUGCAAGAUACGCUCUUUAUCUCUGGAUUUACAACUUUGAGAGUUUAUAACCUAGUAAAAUCCUGCCUUUUACUUUCAUAAAGCAAAUCCUGUCACCACUUGCCUAGUCAGAGAAGAGGAGACUCUGCUUUUCCAGUUCCUCCGUACGAACGGCUGCAGAGUAAACAGGAGCCUUAUCGGAGAGUUGCCGGGGUGAAGGAUUGCGGCAUCAGGCCCAGCGGAAAUAUUUGCUCUGCUCCUCACCUGCAGCCCCAGGCGGGCUCAGCCCGGGCAGAGAAGUCACUCCUGUUCAUCCAGGCGUUGCCCCCGCUGCUGACUGUCAAUCUCUUCUUUGCACGCGACCGGACUGAAUAUUAACUAUUGCUAAAAGUUUUAUGACCAAACCUGGGAUCGGAGACGUUGCUCUUCAGUGACUUGAAUAAUUUUCGUUUUAAUUAUCUUGCGAAAGGGCCUUUUCCAGGCUAAAGGACUGAGAAUUGCUGUCGGCGCGGGUACCUGUGCUCACCGCCCCGGGCCCCCUGGGUCCGGCGGCCCCCCCGGUCCCGUCCCCCCCCCCCCCCCGCGGCGGGGGCGCGCCUGUGCGGCGCCGCGCUGCGCCUUUAAGCGCCGGUGCGUGAUGUCAGCGCGGGUCGGCGACGCUCGGAGCCGGGCGGCGGCACCGGGACCGGGACCGGGACCGGGACCCCGGGGCCUCCCCGGACCGCACCGCACCGCGCCGGCAUGGGCAGCAGCAGCCUGCAGCUGCAGGACUUCGUCGCCGGCUGGGUAGGCGGAGCGGCGAGCGUCCUUGUGGGCCACCCCCUGGACACAGUCAAGACUCGUUUGCAAGCUGGACAAGGGUAUGGAAACACACUAAACUGUGUUCUCACCGUGUACAGAAAUGAAUCUGUGGCCGGCUUCUUCAAGGGCAUGGCUUUCCCCCUGGCCAGCAUCGCCGUCUACAGCUCGGUGGUGUUCGGCGUCUUCAGCAACACGCAGCGGCUGCUGAGCCAGCUCCGCUACGGGGACGCCGCCCGGGCCCCCGCGCUCCCCGACAUGGCCCUGGCCAGCGCCGUGGCGGGCUUCGUCUCCGUCGGCAUCGGCACUCCCGUCGACCUCGUCAAGAUAAGGCUGCAGAUGCAAACACAGCCGUCCCUCCAAGCAAACGUUAGAUUAAAGCCCACAGUUCCUGGAUUUCCUGUAUACAGAGGCCCAAUUCACUGUUUCAGGACAGUCUUGCAGAAAGAGGGGAUAGCAGGGAUAUACCGAGGCGCGGGAGCGAUGCUGCUGAGAGAUGUUCCUGGAUACUGUCUGUAUUUCAUCCCGUAUGCGUUUUUCUGUGGCUGGAUUACCCCAGACGGAUGCAUUUCCCCUAAUCCCUCUUCCGUGUGGCUGGCGGGCGGCGUAGCAGGAGCGAUUUCCUGGGGGACUGCUACUCCGAUGGAUGUCGUGAAAAGUCGACUUCAGGCAGACGGAGUUUAUGUCAACAAGUACAAAGGGAUCCUUGACUGUAUCUUGCAGAGCUACCAGAGCGAGGGCUUAAAAGUCUUUUUCAGGGGCAUCACGCUCAAUGCAGUGCGAGGAUUUCCAACGAGUUCAGCCAUGUUUCUUGGCUAUGAACUUUCUCUCAAAGCAAUGAAAAGAGACCAAACUGAGACCAAUCCUUAACAUCCAGUGUAGCUAAGAAGACCUGACCAGUCUGCUACUUUCCUGGGCCAAAUGAGCAGUGCGGUACUGGUGAGGGCCUCGCUGUUUCCAGCGUGGGAUUGACCUAAGAAUCCCGUCACCCCACAAACCUGCAGCUCCUGAACCGUGCUUUCUGUUCUUCCAUGACUUGGCCACUGGAGAGCUCCAAACCUGCACCAGCUCAAUCCAAAUCCAAAGAACACUUUCUUUUGAAAUCUUCCGCUCGAGUGUCUAAAAGCAUCUUAAUUACUAUGGCUGCGUUGGGCUUUUUCACUAAUGACGAUGUUUCCAUUGAGCCAAUAGAACAAUUUGCUUUCUUUACACAGAAGGGCGAUAUAUGUUUAAAAACAAGCCGCCUGACAUCAGCUGAAGAAAUGUCUUCUAUAAAAUACUGGAUAUAAUGUUUGACUUUUUUUUGUAAACAGAGAUCUCCCACUCUAGAAAGAAAAGGGGGAGGCAUGCUGGGGGUGGGGGUGCUUUUCAUGUAGGAAGUCCUGGAUUCCUACCAAAAUCCUAGCUUGGUUUCAAGAUCGAAGAAAUGGACCACUCCAUGGAUACUUCUGUUUUACAUCACAAAAUUCUCCCUACAGUUUGCCACAAUUUAACACAUUAAAAGAUGUGGAGGGCUUCGACAACUAGAGUUUGUUAUCCAAGCUGUAAAUUAAAUUGAGAAAACAAGAGGAUGUUAAAUGCGGAGUCUAAGCUGCUCCUUCCUCCUCGGAAAACAGUAAAACAAGUCUGUAUUUCAUACAGAUAGCUGCCCAUUAAUUUACUUAACGUGCCUUGUAGACUUCCAGUGACUUGCUAGCAUCUCAUGAUUUCUCGGAUUUGAUAGUCCAUCUUGGCAAAUGCCAAAUCCUGCAGGCAUCACUUUACUGCCUUAAGAGGUCACUGCCAAAUGAAGCCUCUUUAAGGGAUGUGGAUUUUAUCCCACACUAUAUGCUGUAAAAUGUAUGGGCCAGCUUUAGACCUGCAGCUCUUUGUUGUAAUCCCACCCAUAAGAUGUAGGGACAGAACCAGGGGUCUUUUUGGUCUACCUCAGCCUUUCACUUACUCUCAAGAUCUUGCAUCAUCAUGAUUAUUUCUGUUUACGCUGUUAAAAAUAUCCAUGCUUUAUUUUCUAAGCAUGGGGCUUCUGAUGCCAAAAGCAGGAGAACCAGUUCUGCUGGGACUAGUGACGCUGGUGGCACUCGCAGGAGAAGUGGUGGGUUAAAGCGUCCCGUGCUGAGGGAGGUGCAGCACAGAGGAACAGUCUGGGACAACACUGUCUUGCGGAAAAUGCACAGUUCCCCUUCUCCUCCUCCGGAGAAGGAAAGCUCUGGGGAAGAAGCCCAACAAUGGCAGUUUUAGCAGAUGCGCUCAAUAAAGGUUUCUGAAGACACCUGGAGUAGCCAUUCAGCUUUCCUCCAUAAAAGGAGAAGGAAAGAGGACUCCUACAUUCUUGUCCCUCAAGGAAUGGAGGAACAUUGACUGGGGACAAGAGACUUGAAGACCCCCAAGCCCCAGCAAACAGUGCCUGCAAACUUGGGUCUAGAGCAGUAUUCAGAAAUGGGUGCCCCGAUCUCCUGUAACAGCGUGGACUACUUUUCCUUGGGGCCUGAAUUAACACCCGCUUCCCCCAAAACAGACCCUAAAGAGUGGUAGAAACACAGCCCGUGUUGCUUCAUCUCAGGACUUGUAGGGUGGAUAGGAGGUUCACACAGUGCCUUUGAGCUUGGCAAGAACAAGAGGAACUGUUUUUGAUAUAGGUAUAAAAUUGAUGAGCCUUCACACAAAUAUUUGUUAUUGGCCACGUUUAAAAAGUCAUUCUUUCCAUGUUACCUGUUUUAAUGCAUACACAUAAAGUGUGUUCUCUAGGUGUGUAAUAUCAGAUGACUCCAGGGAUAAUAUUUGGGAAAACUGCUUCUUCAGCCCAACUAAACCACUUCAGCUAUCUAACUACUUUAUGUACAGUGGACUAUGAAUGAAUAAAAAUGAUGAGGUUUGCAAUAA